GCAGACUCACUGUAGGAAUCUCACGAGUUCGACUAAAGCUAUUUUUUGUUUAACCUAAAUAAUCCAAAUCAACAACCAACUACAGCCUCAUAUAUCUGGGAAGGGGCGUAUCUCGAAACGUGUCUCACCGAAAGAGCUGGAUAGACUCCACAAUUCUUUCAGCUUCCUUGGUUUUGUUCCGAGCUAGGUGGCUUUCUAAGUAAAGACUAAUUCAAUAAGAAAGGGAAGUCAUGUCUGGCUUGAUUGAAGGACUCCCUGAUGCAAUUUCUCUUAGAUGCCUUGCUUAUAUCCCAUAUUAUCUCCACCCCAAAUUGGAACUCGUUUCUCGCUCGUGGAAAGCUGCUAUUCGUAGCGUUGAACUGUUUAGAGCUCGACAGGAAGUUGGUUUUUCGGAGGAUUUUCUAUGUGUAUGCUCUUACCAUCCAAAUAAUACAUGGCAACUUUAUGACCCUCUUCCGAACCGUUGGAUGACCCUCCCUGAACUUCCCUCAAAAAGAAUGCAUCUUGGGAAUUUUUGCGCUGUCUCCACUUCUCAAAAGCUAUUUGUUCUUGGUGGUCGCAGCGAUGCUGUUGAUCCAGUGACCGGUGACCGUGACGACAACUUUUCAACCAAUGAGGUCUGGUCCUUUGACCCCAUAACUCGAACGUGGUCUAUGCGAGCACCAAUGCUCGUGCCACGUGCCAUGUUUGCCUGCUGUGUUGUGGAUGGAAAAAUUAUAGUUGCCGGUGGCUUCACCAGCAAAUCAAAAUCAACUUCUAAAGCAGAAAUGUAUGACUCUGAGAAGGAUGUUUGGACUCCAUUACCUGAUCUACUUCAAACCCAUGAUUCAACCUGCAUUGGAUUGGUGGUUAGAGGAAAAAUGCACAUUGUGUACAAUAAAGUGUCCACAGUGCAAGUUCUUGACAGUUCGGAAAUGAAAUGGAGAGUCGAGGAUUACGGUUGGGUUCUUGGUCUGAAGGCUGUUGUUGGAGAUUCACUCUAUGUCAUGAACCCACUAGAAGGAGUUGUCUUCAAGCAGUAUGGACGAACCUGGAAAGUUAUUGCUUUGGCAACUCAGUUUGCCCAACGGAUCGGGAUGGCGGUGGUUGGUUUUAGAGGCGACUUGUACGCAAUUGGAGGUGGAAUUCACCCAAACCGUACGGGUGGAGACCUUACAAAACUAUCUGAUGUGCAUGUUCUUAACCUGAGGGAUGAGGAACCAACUUGGCGUUGUGCUGCUCAAAUGAGUCGAUGCCAAGGAACUGUUCUUGGGUGCACAGAGUUGAGAAUAUAGGAUUUGCUUGUUGCCUUCUUUCCUGUCCCUCCCACAAUCAAAGAAAAUAAUUCAAAUUUUUACAUUGUAAAUUUAUAAUUAGGUUAAUUUACAUUUUGUGGUGCAUCUAAAGUAUCUAGUUGGUCGAUAAAUUUAAAUUUGGUAUCUAAUUCAUCUUGAACUUUGAGAUGUGUGUUUGAGAUGAUAUUGAACUUUAAAAGCUUUUUUCACUUCUUGAAAAUUGAAGUUUGUCUUUGAAAA